UCUGCUUUGUUCAAAGCUCUUCCACUGGAAGCACCGGAAUGUCUGUGGCCAAGACCACCGUGGACAAGUUGCUGAAGGGAUAUGACAUCCGUUUAAGGCCUGAUUUUGGAGGUCCUCCAGUCAUCGUAGGAAUGAGCAUCAACAUAGCGAGCAUCGACUCCAUCUCAGAAGUAAACAUGGACUACACCAUCACUAUGUAUUUCCAGCAGAGCUGGCGAGAUAAGCGUUUGGCCUAUGGUGAGCUGAAGCUAAACCUGACUCUGGACAACCGUGUAGCAGACCAGCUUUGGCUCCCUGACACCUACUUCCUAAAUGACAAGAAAUCCUUUCUUCAUGGUGUGACAGUAAAAAACCGUAUGAUCCGACUGCACCCAGAUGGCACUGUCUUAUACGGGCUGAGAAUAACCACCACUGCUGCUUGCAUGAUGGACUUGAGGAGGUACCCUCUUGAUGAACAGAACUGCACCCUGGAAAUUGAAAGUUAUGGAUAUACCACAGAUGACAUCGUAUUCUUCUGGCAAGGAGGAGACAGCGCCGUGACGGGCGUUGACAAGUUGGAGUUACCUCAGUUUUCCAUUGUAGAACUCCGCUUGGUGUCCAGGGAGGUCAGGUUUACUACAGGUUCAUAUCCAAGGCUUUCGCUGAGUUUCAGGAUUAAGAGGAACAUUGGAUAUUUCAUCCUGCAAACAUACAUGCCCUCCAUCUUGAUCACCAUCCUCUCCUGGGUCUCCUUCUGGAUCAAUUAUGAUGCCUCUGCAGCUCGGGUGGCCCUGGGUGUGACAACGGUGCUUACCAUGACAACAAUUAACACCCACCUUAGGGAGACUCUCCCAAAGAUUCCGUAUGUGAAAGCCAUCGACGUCUACCUCAUGGGCUGUUUUGUGUUUGUGUUCCUGGCCCUGCUUGAAUAUGCCUUUGUAAAUUACGUGUUCUUUGGCCGGGGCCCUGCGCAACAGAAGAAAAUCAAUGAGAGGCUGAACAAAGCCAACAACGAGCGCACAAGAUACGAAGAGAAGCGCCUGAGGGAACAGGUGGAUGCUUAUGGAAACAUCCUCCUCACCACACUGGAGAUGAACAACGAAGUGAUGCCUUCAGACCUGGGAAGCAGCGUCAGUGACUCUCGGAAUUCAGUCAUGUCCUUCGACAGCUCCGGGGUCCAAUUCAGGAAGCCCAUGGCGCCCCGAGAUGGCUUCAGCCACCACUCGCUAGAUCGGAGCGCCAUGCGGAGCCGGGCCAACUGUCGGCUACGACGACGCUCCUCCAAGCUCAAGUUGAAGAUCCCAAACCUGUCAGAUGUUAGCACCAUUGACAAAUGGUCCCGGGUCAUUUUCCCUAUCACCUUUGGAUUUUUCAACCUAAUCUACUGGUUGUACUAUGUGAAUUGAUGUGCAUCCAACUAGGAAUCAUGG